CCCCUCCAUUUACUGCUGCUGUGCCACGCCUGGGCUCUGCCCCCCCCUCCGCGGGAGGCUCAGCCUUUGCUGCCCACCCGUUUGCCCGCACCCUCGGGGCAACUCGCCCUCCGUUUGGCAGCUUUCGGCCGGGCCGUGGUUCUCCGUCUCCGCCCCGACGCCGCUUUUUUGGCCCCUCGCCUUCGCCUCCAACGUUUGGGGGGUCGGAAACCACCGGGACGCGGUCCCCCCCGUCGGGGUUGCUUCUACGCCGGAGCCGUCGAGGGGAACCCCGACUCCCCCGCCGUGCUCAGCCGUUGCGGAGGAGGGCUCCGAGCCGCUUUUCUCCUCGACGGGGCGGCUUAUGAGCUCCAACCCCUCGGGCAUCCUUGGCCGGGACCCCCAUGGAGACGCCUGCACCGCCUCCAGCGCCGGGCCGCCCCACCGGGAGCUCACCCCCCGGCCCCCGCCACCGCCGCCCCCGGUCCCCCGGAGCCGCUCCGUCGGGCCAAGCGCUUCGUGUCCCAGGCGCGGUACGUGGAGACGCUGCUGGUGGCUGAUGCCUCCAUGGUGAACUUCUACGGGGAGGACGUGGAGAACCACGUCCUGACCCUGAUGUCCAUGGCGGCUCGCAUCUACAAGCACCCCAGCCUGAAGAACUCCAUCAACCUGGUGGUGGUGAAGGUGCUGGUGGUGGACGAGGCGGCGGUGGGGCCGGAGGUGUCUGACAACGGUGGCCUCACCCUGCGCAACUUCUGCAGCUGGCAGCAAAGGUUCAACCCCCCCAGCGACCGCCACCCGGAGCACUACGACACUGCCAUCCUGCUGACGAGACAGGACUUCUGUGGCCACCAAAGCUGUGACACGCUGGGGGUGGCGGACAUCGGCACCAUGUGCGACCGCAACAAGAGCUGCUCGGUGAUCGAGGACGAGGGCCUGCAGGCAGCCUACACCCUGGCUCAUGAACUGGGCCAUGUCCUCAGCAUGCCCCACGACGACUCCAAGACCUGCGAGAGGCUCUUCGGGCCCCUGGGCAAGCACCACAUGAUGGCCCCUCUCUUCAUCCACUUGAACAAGAGCCAGCCCUGGUCCCCUUGCAGCGCCAUGUACCUCACCGAAUUCCUGGACGGAGGGCACGGUGACUGCUUGCUCGAUGCCCCAGCCGAGCCCCUCUCCCUGCCCGCCGAGCUGCCCGGCCGGGGAGCCCUCUACAGCCUGGACCAGCAAUGCCAGCAGAUCUUCGGCAAGGACUUCCAGCACUGCCCCAACACCACCGAGGAGGACAUCUGCUCCCAGCUUUGGUGCCGGACGGGCAAGGGGGAGCCCCUCUGCCACACCAAGAACGGCAGCUUGCCCUGGGCUGACGGCACCCCUUGCAAAACUGGGGGGCUCUGCUGGGAUGGCCGCUGCCUGCCACAGGAUGACCUGAAGCCCCAGCCGGCGGUGGAUGGUGGAUGGGGUCCCUGGAGCCCCUGGGGCUCCUGCUCCAGGACCUGCGGCGGCGGCGUGCAGUUCUCCUACCGCCACUGCGACAGCCCCAAGCCCCAGCACGGUGGCCGGUACUGCGAGGGCCAGCGAGCCAAGUACCAGUCCUGCCACACCGAGGAGUGCCCACCAGAUGGGAAAAGCUUUCGAGAGCAGCAGUGUGAGAAGUACAACAGCUACAACUUCACGGACGCGGAAGGGAAUCACCUGGAGUGGGUUCCCAAGUACGCCGGAGUGUCACCCCGAGACCGGUGCAAGCUCUUCUGCCGAGCCAGGGGGAGGAGCGAAUUUAAAGUUUUUGAAGCCAAAGUGAUCGACGGGACGCUGUGCGGGCCGGAGACCCUCUCCAUCUGUGUCCACGGGCAGUGCAUCAAGGCUGGUUGUGACCAUGUCGUGGGGUCCUCCAAGAAGCUGGACAAGUGUGGGGUGUGCGGUGGCAACGGCUCCACUUGCAGAAAAAUCUCUGGCUCCCUCAACCGAUCCAAAUAUGGCUACAACGACAUCGUCACCAUCCCCGCCGGGGCAACCAACAUCGACAUCAAACAGCGCAGCCACCGCGGGGUCCGUCACGACGGGAAUUACCUGGCCCUGAGGACCCUUGAGGGCAAGUACCUGCUGAACGGGGACUUCGCCAUCUCGGCCAUGGAGCAGGACAUCCUCAUCAAGGGCACCAUCCUGAAAUACAGCGGCUCCAUGACGACCCUGGAGAGGCUGCAGAGCUUCCGACAGCUCCCGGAACCCCUGACCGUCCAGCUGUUGACCAUCGCCAGCGAGGUCUUCCCACCCAAAGUCAAGUACACCUUCUUCAUCCCCAAGGACGUCCCCUUCAGCAAGCAGAAGGGGAAAGAGAAGAAGUCGGCCAACGUCAUCCGACCCAUGUUGACCUCCCAGUGGGUCUUGGGCGACUGGUCCGAGUGCUCCAAGACGUGUGGCUCCGGCUGGCAGAGACGGACGGUGGAGUGCCGGGACGUGGAGGGUCAACCCUCCUCCACCUGCGACAGAGCCCUCAAACCGGAGGACAUCAAGCCCUGCGGAGAUGUCCCCUGCCCUCUCUGGCGCCUGGGUCCUUGGUCCCCUUGCUCCCAAACGUGCGGGGAGGGCGUGCGGACGCGCAACGCCUCCUGCAUCGAUUACGCCGGUAAAAUCACCGCCCCGGAGAAAUGCAGUUGGCCGGGGCCACCGCCGGCCACCGCCGCCUGCCUGCUACGGCAGUGCUGAGCCGGGGGCGGGAUGGACGGGAUGCCAGACACAUUAACCACUCUCCAGUGGUCCAUCCCCACCCCAUCGACGUCUACCUCAGAGCGGGGAAUAGCGGUGGCAAAAAAAAAAACAAACCACAAACCCCAACCAACGGGGAGGAAUCACUCCUUUUCCUUUCCUUCUUUCCUUCUUUCCUCCUUUCUUUCUUUCCUUCUUUCUUUCCUUCUUUGUCUCCUUCUUUCUCUCCUUCUUUCUUUCUUUCUUUCUCUCCUCCUUUCUU